CGGUAAGAAGCGGGAGAGGACGGCGGGGUGGCCCAGCGGAGGCCGUGCGCCCGCUGACGUCUCGGGGGUCUUCCUGCCUUGCCUGUUGUUUACCAGUCCCUGCGGUCCUGUAGAUGGACUUCGGGACACAGGACGGGCGUCCUUUUUUCUUUUCCCCUUCCCACCUCCCCGCCGCCCUUGGGACGCUGACUGUGAACGUUGUCUUGGGGCCGCCGUGGUGGGCUGCCGCCUGAUGGUCGUGCGGGCCUCGUCCCCACCGGUCCACCUUCCUCGUCAGCACCUGGCCGGCCCGAGAGCGUUUCGCCUUGCAGAAUCCGCCAGUCCCGUGUCCCGCCACGCUUCAGAGCCCCCAAGUAUCUCUUCUUGUAUCCGCCUACUCCGCAGUGCAUCUCGCGUCUCCUGAGGGCCCGACGCUGAUGAUGCACGCGCGAGUCCAAGGCAGGGACUGCGAACGCGAGGACGGUGUACGGACCUUCCCCGUAAAAUGUGUACAGCCCCCACGUAUUGACGUCUCGGUCACGCCUAAAGGGGCAAGCGUGGAGAUGCUGUCGAAUACAGUGGUUUUGGGCUGGAGGAUAGUUGCAAGUAUUGUCUGGUCAGUGCUGCUUCUACCCAUCUGCACCACAGUAUUUAUAAUCUUCAGCAGCAUUGAUUUAUUUCAUCCUAUUCAGUGGCUGUCUGAUUCUUUCAAUGAUCUAUAUAGUUCCUAUGUAAUCUUUUACCUCCUGCUGCUGUCAGUGGUAGUAGUAAUAAUAAGUAUUUUUAAUGUGGAGUUCUAUGCAGUUGUGCCUUCCAUUCCCUGCUCCAGACUGGCACUGAUAGGGAAGAUCAUUCACCCUCAGCAGCUCAUGCACUCAUUCGUCCAUGCUGCAAUGGGAAUGCUGGUAGCUUGGUGUGCUGCGGUGAUAACCAGGGGUCAAUACAGUUUUCUUGUGGUUCCCUGCACUGGUACUGAGAGUUUAAAUAGCCCUGCUACACAGACCUGCUUAAAUGAGUAUCACCUUUUUUCCCUGCUGGCUGGAGCAUUUAUGGGCUACAGCUAUAGUCUCCUGUAUUUUAUUAACAACAUGAACUAUCUGCCAUUUCCUAUCAUACAGCAAUACAAGUUCUUACGUUUCAGGAGAUCUCUGCUCUUGUUAGUUAAGCAUAGUUGCGUGGAAUCACUGUUCCUGAUUAGAAAUUUCUGCAUUGUUUAUUAUUUUCUUGGCCAUAUUCCAAAAACUUGGAUUAGCACUGCGAUGGACCUUCAGAUAGAUGAGCAGUUUCACAGGCCUCUUGACACUGUGCGUGGCCUCUUGAAUCUCUCAUUACUCUACCAUGUCUGGCUUUGUGGUGUCUUUCUUCUGAUGACUUGGUAUAUUUCAUGGAUACUCUUCAAAAUCUUUGCCACAGAGGCUCAUCUGUUCCCUGUUCAGCCACCAUUUUCAGAAGAGUCGGAUGAAUGCCUCCCAAAGGUUUUAAACAGCAAUCCUCCCCUCAUCAUAAAGUAUUUGGCCUUGCAGGACCUGAUGUUGCUUUCUCAGUAUUCUCCUUCACGAAGACAAGAAGUUUUUAGCCUUAGCCAACCAGGUGGACAUCCGCACAAUUGGACAGCCAUUUCAAGGGAGUGUUUGAACCUUUUAAAUGAUAUGACUCAGAAACUGGUUCUCUACCAAGAAGCAGCUGCUACGAAUGGGAGACUGGUGUCUUCAUACUCCGUGGAACCUAAGAAAUCGAAUUCUCCAGAAGAAACUACUUUUCAGACCCCGAAAUCUAGCCAGAUGACUCGGCCUCCAGUGCCACCAUUAGUUAAGACGUCAUUGUUUUCCUCAAAAUUAUCUACACCUGAUGUUGCAAGUCCCCUCGGAACCCCGUUUGGCUCUAGUGUGGUGAAUCGGAUGGCUGGAAUUUUUGAUGUAAAUACCUGCUAUGGGUCCCCUCAGAGUUCUCAGCUAGUCAGAAGAGGGCCAAGAUUGUGGACUUCUGCUUCUGAUCAGCAGAUGACUGAAUUUUCUAAUCCUUCUCCAUCUACCUCCAUUAGUGCUGAGGGUAAGACAGCGAGACAACCCAGUAUGAUUUGCUCAUGGAUUCAGAAUAAACGUGAACAGGUUAAGAAUUUCUUAUCAAAACGGGUGUUGAUAAUGUAUUUUUUCAGUAAGCACCCAGAGGCCUCUAUUCAGGCUGUUUUUUCAGAUGCCCAAAUGCAUAUUUGGGCAUUAGAAGGUUUGUCUCACUUAGUAGCAGCAUCAUUUACCGAAGAUAGAUUUGGAGUUGUCCAGACUACACUACCAGCUAUUCUUAAUACUUUAUUGACGCUGCAAGAGGCAGUUGACAAGUACUUCAAGCUUCCUCAUGCUUCCAGUAAACCACCUCGGAUUUCAGGAAGCCUUGUGGACACUUCCUAUAAAACAUUAAGAUUUGCAUUUAGAGCAUCACUAAAAACUGCCAUCUAUCGAAUAACUACUACAUUUGGUGAACAUCUGAAUGCUGUGCAAGCAUCUGCAGAACAUCAGAAAAGACUUCAACAGUUCUUGGAGUUCAAAGAAUAGCUCAGUAAUAUAAACUGUGUUCAUUACACUGCUGAUACAGCUACAGAUGGGACAGUAAAUGUUCAGCAUUCUUGGAUCAGAAGAAAAUGGACUAAUUAGAUGCUUCCUUUGUCGUGGUGGUUGCUUUGAAAACUAUACUUUAAUGGGAGAAAUCAUGGAAAGAAAUUCUCAACAGAAUAACCGAAAACUGCCUUUUCUGUACCGAUUGCUUUUUGUGUGUGUGGUAUAAUAAAAUCUUUAUUCAAUUUUACAGAAGCCUCUAUGGCAGUAAAAAUGUCUCUAGCUUCUAUAGCUUAAUAAUAAUAACUGGAAAAUUUUUAGAAUUUACUUUUGAGCUGAGUAGAGCCAGUUUAGAAGGUAAAAUAGGUUGACUCGAUUCAGUUUUCCUAAUUGUGCUGAGAGUAGAAGUCUCUGUACGCUCGAAAUACAUGAGCCUUUUAAGAGUAGUUUCUGUUUACUGAAGGAUAAAAGUGGUAACAGUGCAGAAAAAUUCACAGAAAAAUUACUGUUUAAAGGACAUAUUUUGUUAAUCUGGUAGGUUGUGUUUUUCUUUCCAGGGACAAAUUAAAUUUGCAUGAUUGUCCAAAAAAGAUCUCAAUUUACAGAUGCUAACUCUAUAUAAAGGAAUGUGGAAAAAUUCAGUUCUUAAGUUACAAGAUUAAACAUUCACAUUUGGUUUUUGAAAGACGAUUGACUGACAACUAUGAAUUUGUUUUCUAUCAUACUAGUAAACAAUAAGUAUAUGGGUAUUUUCCCAACUAGUUUUGCUUUCUUUUUUCUGGAACAAAACAUUAAGUGAUUGCAGAGGUUUUCAAGUGGGAGAAAAAGUUUUGCAACAAACACCAGGAACUUUCCCUUUUUCCUCUCCAUCCCCCCUCCCCCCCCCCCAAUCUUCAUUAGAUCAAAUUAUUUGGUGAUGCUUGUUUGGCCUCACAGAAGGAGCAGCCUUUGCUGUGUUAACUGGCUAAUAAAAAUAUAUUAGGAAAAUCUUUACAACCAGAAACAACUUAGUCAUCAAAUAGUGAAACCAAAAUGUCGGAGGGCUUAGUGUACUUGGGAGUUUGUUGUAUGUCCCAAAAGUGAGCGAGGGAAUUUUAUAAUUUAUUAGAUCAACUUCUUUGGAGAUAAAAGAUCUAAAGUCCUCCUGGUAGGUAUUCACUGGACUGGCAUUGGGCCAAAAUGUUCCCUUGUAAUUCUAUUAUCUGUUCUUUCAACUCUCCUUCAAUUUCUUCUUUAAGGUCAGCACAGUAUUGUAUAUGAAUCUUUAAUGUAGUAUGUAUGUCUACCAUUUGGUUACUUGAUGUACUAUAUCUUUAUUCCUUUUGUUUGUUGCCCCUUAACCAGCACAUGCCAAAUUAUAAAUGAACCCUGCUGGCCUUUAGAGUGUCUUUAGGAGACAGUUUCCCAGUUGUCAAGUGUCUGGAGUAUUUAGGCUAAUUGCUACUGCUUUCUUUUUUUCUUCCCUUCCCUCCCUAUUCUACUCCCCUCCCGCCCCUUCCUUCCUUCCUUCCUUUUUUUUUCCUCAUCUGGAGUAGACUAUUCCCUUUUUUGAAUAUGAAUGUUGAAUUUUGAAUGUGGUAGUUCCUUGGAGAUGACCAGAAGACUGUGGCCAGGUUGACUGAAAACUGUUGAGUUCCAUAUUAUAGAGCCAUUGAGUUUUUUUCUGUUCCACUCUCCCUGGCUGAGGCAUUUUGGGAGAAAAGGGCUCUUAACCUUCUGCUUCCAUAAAAGAAUUGUGGCCUGUGACCCUCUGGAUUCCUGAGAGUGACAAUGGGAUGAUUCCUUUAAACUUUGACUUAAUUUGGAUAAAAUAAUCUGGCUUAGGUUUAGGUUUUUGCCAUUUCCCAUAUGCUUUGGGGAAAGGUAUAUUUGAUGAGCAGUGUGAACAUUUCUGAGAUGUUCAUCCAUAUUAUCUCUCAAGAGAAUGUGCUGUGUAAGAAAUAGAGGUCACAUCAUGUCUUCCUAGUGGAGAUUUGGAAACCGCUUCCCCAAAUCUGGAUUGUAUUUAGUAGAUAAGAGUCAGUUCCUUUUCCCUGUUGUGAGUUGAUAAUCUGUUGGGGUAGGGUGUUGCUCAAUCACCUGUUACUAAAGAGAGCUCCUUCUCCUGUGCACAAGGAGAAGGAUCUUAGGAAAGCCAAAAGGAGGGAGGCAUUUCCUUUGAUGAAGUCCCAUCGUGCCUGUGAGCCCACUGAUGCUAUAACAUUGGCCUGAAAGUUAGAGUGUGUUCUUUAAAAGCUUUUCUCUGUCAGUACAAAAUCUGGUCCUGUCAGCUCUUGUGUGAUGUCUGCUUGGCCUUAGCAUAAAUUCACAUAGCUUCUUUCCCGGGGAACUGGGAAACUGUCCUACAAUAAACCACUACAGUUGAGAGGAUGUGGAUAAGCAACAAUUUGUUACUUUGCUGGAUUUGUUCCUUGGUAAUUGUUUUGUGUAUCUUCCUGUAAAUAUGGUAAUCUGUUUAUAUCCUUUUGUAUAUGACUGACACUGACUUGGGUAGAAAAAUAAAUUGACAUUUUUCUGAAUGGGACUGUUCAUUAAAAUACAUGUAUCCUCGAGAUCAGUCAUUUAA